AUGAAGCUCAACCUCAUUGCUCUGGCUUCCUUGGUCGCCCUGACCGCGGCUCAGUCGACCGAUUCUACCUCUGAGGCUGCCACCGGCACCACUGCUGCUCCUACGACGACUGUCAGCUUGACUCCUCAACAGUCCUGCGCUAAGAAGUGGCAGUGGCACCCCGCUGACACUGACCGCUACGCCGCCUGCCAGAGCUCCUGCUACAGCAGCCACUUCUUCCCCAUCACUGCCACGGGUAACUCUGGAGCUUCCAAGACCGACGCCAGCGACUCUUCUGCCACCACCACUGGCAAGGGCAGCUCUUCCACCGAUUCCAGCGAAUCCUCCGGCUCCCGCUCUUCGGGCUCUAAGGCUAGUGGCACUGGUACCAGCACUGGAACUGCUGCCACCAGCUCCGAGACCAAUGCUGCCUCUGUCGCCAAGAUUCAGCUUGGUGUCUCUGCCGCCGGUAUUGCUGGUGUCGCCUUCGGUAUCUGGGCUCUGUAA